GUGAUUGCAUUUAUGAAUUGAAGUUAUUACAGACUACGUAACAUACAACCGUUUUGUAGUAUUAACGAGAAACGCCGUCAACAUCCCAGAACGAUAUGUUAAAAACCAGAUAUCAUACUUUGCGCUUUCUCUCCAACAUCCAUCCAACGAGAACGUGACUCAUGUGUUUCAAGGACAAAAUUGAGUGUACACAUCCUGUGUUGUGAAAUAUCGAAAAUGGAAGCUCCGAGCGAAGGAAAACAAGAGCACAUGGAGAAAACCUUCGAUGCUUAUCAGGUGGUCAGUGACUCCAUGACCCGAACGCUGCCCGUGAAAUACCCCAGGACGUCUGGAUACAGACCCGAACCCAACGAUAAUAAGCACAAUGCUUGGUAUUGGCGAUGCGACAUACAAGGAGCGCCGGAGGGUCUGUUAAAGGGGAAGCGCGUGGGUAUCAAGGACAACGUGUGUGUGGCCGGCGUACCCAUGCUGAAUGGAAGUAGGCUUCUUGAAGGCUAUGUCCCUGAUAUAGACGCCACGGUGGUGACACGUAUACUCGAUGCAGGUUAUUGUCCUGUUACAUGUAUCAAGAACGGCGAUGUGGACAUGGCCAUUGGGGGUGACCAAGCCGGUUCGAUAAGAAUUCCGGCCUCCUGGGUGGGCAUUGUGGGACUCAAACCAACGUACGGGCUCGUGUCGUACACGGGUGCUGCCGCCGUAGAAACCACAAUUGACCACCUCGGACCCAUGGCGGCCAGUGUCAAGGAUUGCGCUCUACUUUUGGAGGCAAUUACCGGGUAUGACGACGGUCUAGAUCCACGACAACCAUCAGCAAUGAAGUGUGAGAAAUAUUCAGAGCUCUUGGAGGUCGAUCUAAGCGGUAAACGCGUCGGGCUGUUGUUGGAAGGAUUCGCGGGUUGUGAGCCUGAUGUCCAGAACAUCGUGGGGGAAGCAGCGAGAAAGCUCGGCAGCCUGGGGGUCAAAGUGGAAGAAGUUUCAUUGCCGCUGCACAAGAACGGUGUUGCCAUCUGGACGCCUAUCGCUAUGGACGGGGCCUACCAAUGCAUGGUGAAGGGAUUCGGUGUCGGAUAUAUGAGCAAGGGAUACUUCAACGAGUCGCUGAUGAACAAACUACGGGAGAGUUACGCAUUAAAUAUCUACAAAGUCUCAGACCCAAUGAAGCUGAUGCUCAUGGUUGGAUCUUACGUAGAGAAGAACUACGGCGGAAGGUUCUACGCACGCGCCCAGAACCUGAGCAUGCAGCUGACACGCGCCUAUGACACGCUGCUCAAGACGUAUGACGCUCUGGUGAUGCCCACCCUGCCUUACAAGGCCCCAAAGCUGCCUAGUGCUACAUCGAGUGUAGCCGAUCGAUUGAAAAAUGCCCUGGGUAUGAUCCAAAACACGGCACCGUUCGAUGUCAGCGGCCACCACGCCAUUUCCAUCAACGCUGGGUUCAGCGAGCAACUUCCGGUCGGGAUGCAAAUAGGUGGCGCCAGAUUCGCCGACUUAACCGUGCUGCGGUUCGCACGAGCUAUCGAAAAACUGAACAACUGACGAAUACUACCGAACCAAUAAAAUAAAAAUGAACCACAAAUUAAAACGGAUAAUAAUACCAUUUUUAAAUCGUACACUUUGGAUGGUAGGGAACGUUAAGAGACAAUACUUGAGCGCGUUAUACGUAAAUUGUAAGUUAGAACGACUGAACCGAUUUUCUGUAAAAAUUUCUAAAAAAAUAAUAAAAAAAAUCUAAAAAAAUAUGUUUAUAUAUUUUUUUUU